UUUCUCUCCCUCUCCCUCCCUCCUCUCUGAAGUCGAUCUCUUGUCACAACUGCAGGACGCACUAACUUGAGAGCGCGAGCGCAUCCGACAGUGCACUUGUGUAAAACACUGGAGAGAGAGAGCGAUAGAGAGAGGCAGAGAGAGAGAGAGAGAGAGAGAGAGAGAGAGAGAGAGAGAGAGAGGCUCUGGCUUUGGCAACCUGUUCGAAGCGCAUCAUCGGCGUCUUCGUCCUGCCUCGGACUAUAACAGACGAUAUCUUUCUCAGUCUGCGCACACACUACUACUGGAAAACCGAACUGGGAGGCGACGGGCAGGACACCAAAAGGAACGGCAACGAUUUGAGAAGGCAUAGCUCGAGAUUUAUACCAGAAAUGAGUAUGAAGAUCCAGAAAAUCGAGUUUUGAUGCUUUGCUCUGUUUUGCAUAAACGCCUGCCGGGGAAAUGUGAUAAAGAUCAUUAAUAAAAAAACAAAUAAUUAUACGCGAACUACGUCUCGCUUUUGACGAGGACGAGGCUGUCUGCCAUGGGGACGUCGCUUUUUUGGAAUUAGGGAGCUCCUGCAAAGAAUCCUUUCUAACGGCUAAAGCUUCAAAAGUUCUUUAGUCUCAUUGUGCAGGUCUGAACUGCGGACGUCGUGGAUUAUUAAAGCGGAAAAUCUUCCAGUGGAAACUAGUUUCAAUAUAAUUAUCAUUCGGGAGCAAACGGUUACCACAACUGUGGGCAGGAUAAGUAAGGAUACCCAAGUUCCGUGCUCACGUACUGCGCUGUCUCCGAGGGGAUCUCGAGAAGGGAUUAUCCUGCUCCAUCGAAACGGUGAGCGCGAGGGUGCACGAGCUAACGGCAUCUCAACCUACAUCGGAGGAGGUGAAAUACACCUCAAUACACCUCAGAGAAAGGUUAUGACGGAUCUGAGCUGAAGAUGGAGCUUUUCUGGAUUUUAUUAUUUUCUGUCAUCCAUCCCUACGCGCGAGGGCAAGGAGUUUACGCUCCAGCGAACGCUCAGAUUGUGCACUCGGGGCAGGCCUGCGUGGUGAAGGAGGACAACAUCAGCGAGAGGAUUUACACCAUCCGGGAGGGGGACACCCUGGUGCUGCAGUGUCUGGUUAAAGGACACCCUCGACCACAGGUGCGAUGGACCAAGACGGCGGGCAGCGCCUCGGAGAAGUUCCAGGAGACGUCCAUCUUCAACGAGACGCUGCGCAUCGAGCGCAUCCAGCGGGUGCAGGGCGGGCGCUACUACUGCAAGGCCGAGAACGGGGUGGGGGUCGCUGCCAUCAAGUCCAUCCGCGUAGACGUGCAGUACCUGGACAAGCCCGUCCUCACAGUGCACCAGACCCUGAGUGAUGUUCGUGGGACGUACUACCAGGAGAAGACCGUGUUCCUGCGCUGCACGGUCAACUCCAACCCUCCAGUGCGGUUCAUCUGGAAACGAGGGAACCAGCUCAUCGAGCAGAGCAAGGACAACGGAGUGGACAUCUAUGAGCCCCUAUACACACAGGGGGAGACGAAGGUUCUGAAGCUGAAGAACUUGAGGCCGCAGGACUUUGCCAACUACACGUGUGAAGUAUCCGUGCGAAAAGUGUGCGACAUCCCUGACAGCUCCGUCACCUUUCUGCUCACCACUACCACCUCCCCGCCCGCCCUGCGGCUGUCCGUUAACGAGACGCUGGUGGUGGACCCGGGGAGGGACGUGACCCUGUCCUGCGAGGUGACGGCUGGCAACCCCGCCCCCACGGUGUCCUGGUCCCGCUACCCCGGGCCCAUGCCCCCCCGAGCCCAAAUCCGGGGGGGGUCCCUGACGCUGCGCUCCGUGGCCCCCGCCGACUCGGGCUACUACAACUGCACCGCCGUCAACAGCGUGGGCAACCCCGCCAAGCGCACCGUCAACCUGAUCGUCAGAGCCAUGAGGAACCUGACCUUCCAGAUCACGCCGGACCUGAACAAGGACAGCGAGACCAUCCAGAUCGGGCGCGACCUCAAGCUGUCGUGCCACGUGGACGCCCAGCCCCAGGACAAGGUCAACUACACCUGGUACAAGAACGCGGCGCCCGUCGUGCCCUCCGACAGCCUGCUGGUCCUGCGCAGCGACCCCGACAUGGCGCCCGGCACCAGCAGCCUGGAGAUCGUGGACAUGAAGUUCCGCGACCAGGCCACCUACAGCUGCGUGGCCAGCUUCCCUGGCAGCGCCGUGCCGGAGCUCCGGGUCGACGUCAACAUCACCCAGAGCAGCGUCAUUCCUCCGGUGCUGACGGUGCCCACCGGUGGCGGAACGGUGACGGUGCGGGAGGGAUCGUGGGCGGAGCUCGUGUGCCUCGUGGACGGCAAGCCCCGCCCCCCCGUCCUCUGGUCCCGCGCGGACAAGGACCUGCCGAUGCCCUCCGGCGACUGGGCAGUGGAGACCAGGGACGGGCGCCUGCGACUGAACAACGUGACGCGGGACCUGGCGGGCACCUACCGCUGCCAGACGGCGCAGUACAACGGGCUCAACAUCAAGCGCAGGGAGGCCCAGGUCCAGCUCAUCGUGCAGUACGCCCCCAUCGUGGACCCGCCGUCGCUGGACGUGCGGUCGCCGAGCAACCUGCCGGUGACGCUGCGCUGCGCGGUGCUGAAGUCGAACCCGCAGCGCGUGGCCCGCGUGUCCUGGCUGGUGAACGGGCGGGCGCUGCGCCCCGAGGCGCUCGGCACGCAGGACCCGCCGCAGCUGCGCAUCGAGAACCUGCGUCCCGGCAACAACGGCACCUACGAGUGCAGCAUCAACAACGGCGUGGGGAGCUCCUCCUGCAUCUUUAACGUGUCCGCUCGGCCUUACAACCCGGAGUUCUACUACGAUACGCCCAACCCCAUACGCGUCCAAAAGGACAACAACUACUCCUACAACCUGCAGUGGACGCAGAAGGAGCCGACCGCGGUGGACCGGAUUGUCGGCUACUGGAUUAACUGCCAGUCCAUGUCGGCGUCCCCCCAGCUGAGGCAGACGGUCGUGUCGAAGCAGAUCACCACGAGCGAGCCGAAGAAGGGCGAGCUGCUGUCCUACCUGCUGACCGACCUGCGCAUCCCGCUGUCCUACGAGGUGUGGCUGACCCCCGUCACCAUGUACGGCCAGGGAGACGCCGCCUACCGCGUCGUCCAGUACUCGGAGCCCUACACUUACCUCAGACCGUCAGACUACGUGUGCGGCUUCGAGGACCAGAGGAUAUGCGGGUUCACUCAGGACCGCAGUGACAAGUUUGACUGGACCCGGCAGAACCAGCUGAGCCAGAACCCCAAACGCUCACCCAACACCGGGCCUGACACGGACCGGAGCGGCACCAAAGAAGGGUACUACAUGUACAUCGAGGCCUCCCGGCCCAGGCAGCCGCUGGACACCGCGCGUCUGCUGUCCCCGCUCUACAACGUCACCUCCAAGGGCCCCAAGGGCUCCAACCGCAUGCCCUACUGCAUCUCCUUCUACUACCACAUGCGUGGGAAGCACAUCGGUUCGCUGAACGUUUUUUUGCGAGUGAAGAGCAUCGCCAUGAUGGAGACGCCGGUCUGGGCCGUCUCGGGGAACCAGGGCCCCCAGUGGAAAAUGGCCAGAGUUCCAGUCACUCCCAUUGGUCCAUUCCAGGUGGUGUUUGAGGGCGUGCGGGGAGCCGGGUACGAGGGCGACAUCGCCAUCGACGACGUCUCCGUCACCAAGGGCGUGUGCAAGCAGGAAAAAUCCAUCUCCAACCAAGUGCUGUCCGGAGGGCCCACUGUGCAGCUGGACACCUUGCUGGUCUGCGUGCUCCUCUGCCUGCAGCUGUUCCACAGAUGAUGAGCACACACAGCGCCCCCUGUCUACGGAGGCAGGCACUGCCCAGAAAACGCUCUCGCGCUCGCUCUCUUUCUCUCUCUCUCUUACUACCCGCUAAACCCCCUUAGCCUCAUCCCUCUCUUUCUCUCACUUUGGAGAAGUGUAUGAAAUACCGAUUCCUCCUCCUCCACUCUGUUUUCCCUCCUGUUUGUGGUAGUCCUUCAUAGACCCUGCAUCCAUCACCCUCCCUGUUAUCCUAUCCAUCCUGUUUCUCCGCUGCUCGCCUUGUCUGUCAAAUCCUUUUGUCACCCAAUGUCACUUUCCUUCGAUUCUCAUACUCCCAGACUAUCUCUUCCCAACAUCCUCAACCCUCUCCCUCUCACACUGUCAUAACUCACACACACACACACACACACACACACACACCCUCACACACACACACGCACACACACACACACACACACACAAACACUCACGCACACCGAUGCGCACACUCACACACCUUACACACUCACACACACCCCUCACACACGCACACUCACACACUCGCACACGCACACUCACAGACACACACACACUCUCCUUUCUUCAUUCUUGCACCCUUUUCCCUUCUCCCGUUCUCCACACCCUCCCACGGCACUCCCUCACCUGUUCCAGACGCACCCAAGUGUCGAACACUCUUAACCAAAGAUGCUAUCGGACCAGAGGACAGAAGGAAGGGGGGGGCGGUAGGUGGCGGCGGUGGUGGUGGGGGCGGGGGGUGUUCUGUCCCAUAACCCCCCAAUGACCCCAUCCGACCCACCUCACCUCCAACGGGACAGGGAGGAGCCACUGGAUCAAGACUUCAGUUUUGUGAUCCGGAAAAAAAAUAAAGAGAGAGAAAAGAAAGAAACUGAAAUUCAAGAAAGGAAGUGAAACUGAAAUGGAGACAGAACUUUGCGCUUGCCUCCAGUUUUUUUUCUCCUCUGCUGGGCCAGAAGAAGACGCUGUUUGAAUGGGAUUGUAUAUUUACACGCAUUUAUCUAUAUUAAAAAAUGUUACAAACUGUAAUUACACGUCAGUGACUUUUGCGUAUGAAAAACAACUAUGGUGAAUCGAAACAGAAGAAGCACAAAUUUAUACAAUCUUUCUUUUUGUUUUCCUCUGUAGUAUUUUGUUGUCUUGUUGACCUUAGCGUACUCCUCUCUUGCCUGCCUGCUCAGAGGACCCAGGACUGUUUCAUGGGGAAAGCGGAAAUCAGAAAGGGGGUGGGGGGGAAUUCUGUUUUUGGUGAUGUGGGGUGGAGAACAUUUGCGUAGAGGGGAGUCCCAGUGUGACUUUUUAACUCCCCUGCCCCGAAAAGACUGAGGUCCGAAAUGAUCGCCGCUCCACCUCUUCAGCCACCCAGGAAAAGACAAGGCACAUCCGCCCCUCUCCUCCACCUCCAACCCCACCCCCCCACCCCCCUCCCCCCAGACAUCUCUUCUACGCUGGCUGCAUGUUGUGCAUCUCAUUGUCGGCGUUGUAGACUUCCAGUCGCGCUCUCUAUUGAUUUCGUCCUCCACAGUGGACGGGGAACACCUCCCCCCUCCUCCCCCACCCCCCUUUUUUUUAUCUACGAGGUAAAGAGGAAGAGGAACCAGGUGGUGGAAGGAAUAGAUCAAUAAUGACAUGCAAAGGCCAGUCAUUGAAACGAGGGAGGAGGAGGAGGGCGGAGAAUGGAGACCCUGGAUAAUGACUGGGCAGAGAAUGGGGGUGUGUGUUAUUAUCGUUCCAGGCUGUCACACAUGAUUCCCGAUAAUGAAUGUCACGCGUUGUGUCUCCAGCCCGGGUUCGGUUGCGGAUACGCAUCUCAUAUUGAUUGUGCUGCGUGUGGGGUGGUGGGAUAUUGAGAUCCAUACGGACCGUUUAAAAGGCAAUAUGUUCCAGAAAUGAGAUGCCUGGUGGAAAAAAAAACCGCCGAUUCACGGCUAAUCCCGUUUAAAAUUUUUUCCCUUUCAGACCUCAGGAAUUAUAAUACAAUUUGCAACAAGGUUUUUUUUUUUUUUUUUAAAGAUACUGUAUGUAGGUUUUUAAAAAAAUACAUUUAUCAGUACUCUUCAUUACAGAAAUACAAAAAAAGAAUGUAUCAUCCAUACGCUCCACAUAUCUCUCUGUACACGCUUAGAGAAGUUGAAUAUACCGAAAUAUAUUGUAAAGUGUAAUGUAGAUUGCAGUGUCUGAAAGUGGCAGUUAUUCCUACAUUUUGCCAGAGUACUCUGAAGUGCUGCAAUGUAUUGGUCAUAUAUUUUAUGUCAGUCCAUUGCAGUACAUUUACGUUUCUUUGAGGGCAUAACCACAAAUGGAAGUGUUUUAAAAGUAUCCCGAGCACAAAAUUACAAAGAUUAAUCUGAGGGUGUGUGCUGUACGUCAGGACUGUAGUCCCCCGAGAAUAACAGAACUUCAAAAUACCGCUAUUUUCCCAUCGUAUUUCCUCGUUAUCUCAUUAUCUUACCGUUAUCUCCUCAGAAGGAAAAGAACACGAAAAGUAUUUCGUUUCUUACUCUCAAAGUGGGCGACGGUGUGUGUGGCCGCCGUGUGGGCCUGUUUUUGCGCUUCCAUGGAAACGUGACCGUGGCUUUUGGACGCGCGGGAGACCCGGUUACGAACGGGGCAGGAACGAGAGACCCAGACGCCCGACCCCCUUUAUUCGCGGGACACUUAGCGUGCGCGGGAGAGGAGUUUCGAGUUCACAGAAGUGGCUGGAUGCCCCACCGAACUGAUAAUUUGUGUCUGCAAGUCGUCACCUUGGAUCUACCCUGAAAAGUUCUACCGUGUAAUGCAAUUAAGACACGACAAAUAUAUCUAAUCUAUUGUGAUUGGGGCUGGUUUCUCAGUCCCAGAUUAAGUCCACUUCUGGACUAAGCAGAAAGCUCAAUGGAGAAGUUCCACUGAAAGAGCUUUAUUAAGCCCAGAAAUUUGGGCCUUAGUAUGGGCCCGAGGAACCAGCCGCUUGGCAAAGAACUGAUGUUCUGCGUGUACUCCAGGUCAUGGCCUUUCCCACUUAGCUUGCCAGAUGGCUGUUUGUGUGUUUGCUCAUAGGACCGUCGGUGUUGAACAACUUUUCCCUACGCUUGUAUCUCCUCUCCUUGAAGUGUCAUGCCUGCCACACAACCAUAGCCAAGGACCCCGGCUUGCAUAACCACGCUCGCUAACUCGCUCGUUUACAUAUAUCCUAAAAGCAUAGCGUCGCCAGCUCGCCUUCUGACAGCUCGUCCUUGCGUCUCGUUCGGAGUUCUGCGGCGUUCCGUGUUCCGUCCCAGCCUCCGAGACUCCGUUUUCCCGCCGGGGGGGGAGGGGGCGGGAACGGUAACCACGGCAGCAGGGAAUCAGGCAUCUCAUUUCUGCUCUGUUUGCAUGGAGCAGCUGAGCUCCUCUGGCGCAGCCCUCUGUGUACAACUACUCCCCCCCCCCCCCAUGGUUAUGUGUGUGGGCAGUGUUACGCAUACAUAAACGGCGUUACGAAUAUUCCAUAGACCGCCACCAGGGGCACUGUCUAGGGGAGGAGGAAUGGGCCCUGACUAACAGAGGCCCUAAAAAAGAUAUUAGAACACAGGAUUUUCUGUGGGGCCCAAAGUCCCUGGCUGUGCCCCUGAUCGCUACCUCCAACGCCAUGCUUUUAGAGUAGCAUUAAUAAACUCAUAUUCUGUAAUGUACUGUAUAAACAAGAUUCCGUGUAAAUAUCAGACAUGAGUUAUCAUGACAUUAAUGUAUUCAUUCUCAGUAUGAAUGCAUGACUUGGGACUGAGAGACUGGUCGAAAAGAAAAAAUAGCGAAAUAGCUGGUGAAAUUCAAUUCUAAAGAUGCAACGAAUGGUGGUGACACUUCCAUCUUCAGAAUACGCCAUUUUGGGAAAGCUGAUGGAAA